AUGGGAGCCAGAGACAAUUUGGAACGUGGAGGGUGGAGAAUUUCCAAUGGGACUGGGCUAACGGGUGGAGGCGCAGAGAAGCCGAGGUGCUCUCCGGAUGGUAGCGUAAAGCUCUCCGGGCCCCGACGGCCUUCACUAGGGGUCCUCCGAAUUUUCUAUAGUCUCUCGAACACCUCAGAGCACGUCCAACUCCUCUUCUUUGACUUGGCCUAAAAAUUUCACGCGAGAAUCCGCUAUUCUUCUUGGAACUUUUUCCCUCCUUUCUUUGUGACAAAGUUCUGACAACCUAGGGUUUUUUUCUCGUUUCACAUGGCUUCUUUUCAGCUUCUUUUAGUGCUUCCUGGUUCUUUUGAUUUUUCUUGAACUUGAGAAAUUGUUAAAUUUCUUUCGAGUCCGUUUUGAAUAAUCAGUAAAGUUUUUGUAAGUAUAUUCUUUUCUGUCAAAUGUUGAGCUCACGGGGUAAAACAAGAUUCUUUGGUUGAAGCCUAAAACUUUUUCUCAUGUUCUACUUAUAGCUCUUCCACCAAUAGUUUGCGAAUAAAAUUCCUAAUUUUCGGUUGAUGUCGAUACCCUCAAUUAAAACUAUAUAACAAGUCAUAUGUAGUUUCCUUUUUCUUAAUUAUAGAAAUUAAACAACUAUCCUAUCAUUUUUAAAGUUUUUUUGAAAACUCAGAUGUUCUAUUCAUAUUAUUUGUCAACAAAAUAAGUUUUUCCAACUACAUUCCGUUAGUUUUGCGCUCCGAGGACAUCAAAGAUUUGUAGUAAAAAUUUCAUGACUUUUUUUUUCGAUGCCUCUAUUUCACCUGCGUUUUUUUUCAAAUUUAUGCAACUUUUCUGCCAAAACGCAACGUUUGGAAACGUUCACGUAACUUGAGCAAUUCAAUUUUGCGGCGUUUUGAGCUUGAAAAACUCCAGGACCCUUCCACGCCCGUGACGUAGUUAGUUUUUGGCUUUUCAUGAGGAUUACCGUGCACAAUAGUCUACUUCCUUUUGCACACUCUUGCAGUCUUUCUCUGAGCUCAAGCGUUCGACAUUUAUUGAGAGAAUUAUCUUUGCGGGGAAUCCUCGGACCGCCUCCUGUGUUCUUCUCAACCACGCCCCCGUUUACCUUCCAUCCAUGCUCUUCUGCUCUGUCUUUCAUUUCCGAGCGUUUCUGCUCUUUUAUCCCGGAGAUCUAUCGCUCUUAGAGCACCCUAUCUUUCUCUUGUAUUUUCAAAGCUUAGGCACAAUAUCACUCGAAACUUCUUAACUCGUCUUAGGAAUAAAUUUUCAAUCCGGUGUUAAUAAAUUUGUAGUUAUUCCAGAAGUUUAGACUUUUCAAAAAAAGUUCAAAAGGAGUUUUUGAAUUUGCGGUUAAAGUAUCAAUUUAUUCACCUUUCAAACUUGUAAUAUCAAAGUUUGAAUUGUUUGAAACCAGCUUUUCCGGGAGACACGAAACAAUGCCUAUCUUAUUGUUUUCCCGAUUUCACGCUAAAAGAAAAAUUUGAAAAUUUCUCGCGUUUCUAUCCUUUGUUAUGUCUGGCACUCUUUCAACUUUUUUCAAUGUUUCUUAUGAUUUUUCGACCUCUUUUCCGCUUUUGUAGCUAGUAUUUGUCGCAGAAACUACAAAAAAUAUUUUGUCAUUUCACUGAACGUUUUUCAGAAGCUCCAAUAAUGCACACGACUCUUGUUGAAGUUACUACCCGAGAGAACUUCUUACGCGCUCAAAACAUAACUGCUCGUUUUCUCGACACCAUCUACUUUCCCUUUUCGAUUCAGACACACUUAGAAGGAAGGUUCGUCAAGUUGACGAGUCAUAAAGCUCUCACGAAUGCAAUUUUUCAGCUUCCCAGAGUCACCAAUUCGACUUUUUUGCUAUCCUUCGCUUUCAGCGCCAAAAUACUUCUUCAUGUACAAAGACAACGUUUACAUCAAGUGGGAAUACAAUCUUUUAAAAUAAUCUUUUCUGGAAGUGAAAAUGAGCUAAUCAGCUUUUUUUUUUUGCGAUUUUUCUUUCUUAUCUUCAAUGAUUAGCACAAAUUUCAAAGUAGAAGCGUUAAAGUUAAGUUUCAUAAUUUAAGGCCCUACCUCAUGAUGGCACAAAUACCGGGAACUAACAUGGAUCGACUUGAGCUCGUGGAUUGCAUCCGGGAGUUUCGGUGAGUACAACAGAAUCUUCAACCUCACCAAGGCACAAUUUCUUCCUCCUCAAUCAUGAAUUCAGGCGCCGCGUCUUCGGCGCCACGCGUCGUCCUCAUCUUGUCGUGGGGAAGGAUCUUCUCAUCAAAAUGGUCGGUUAUUAUUCAGCAUGUCGUGUGUCCAAUAAGCAUUCUUAAUGUCUAUCAUAAGAACCUUUCUAAAAAAAUUUGUAGAUACAGGGGUUUGAAGAUACGUACAGUUUCUAUUUGCCAGUUACAUAAAAAUUUCUCGAAAGCAACUUGCGUUCAAUUUUUAAAGGCUUGCUAAACCUUAACUAAAACUCGCUUGAAAACAUUCCAGAUCUAACCCAGGAAAGGAAUUUUACCCUUCCUAUCUGCUAUAAAGUUAUAGCUCUAUUCAACCAGUGUCAUUGAAAUGAAGAAAGUGAUUUUUCGUCGCAUUUUUGGAGCUAUGAUUCGACUAAAAAAACGCAAUGGCGUAAAAAGUGAGGCUAGAAUCAGAAAGCCAUGAUGAUUUUUUGUAAGAAAGAGUAUUCUCUACCGAUUAAGUUAAUGUAUGAGCAUCACUGGUUGAUAAAUCGUUUACUCCAAGAAAAGCAUCAAGUUUGAAAUCUUUAUGAAAGAUAAAAGUGAUCUUUGCAAUAGUUCUGCCUGCCUGACCUUUUGUUUACACUGCAUUUGAAAAAUGCUUUGAACGGUUUCGAGAAGCCAAAAAAUUGAAAUUUCUGACAGAAAGUUGGAAAUGUUUGAAGAAAAGCAUGCGUUGAGCAUACGGUGGCACGUGUUGCAAAAAAAAAGUUAAACGGAGAGAAUUAGUUCCGCUUAACUUGAAGGAAACUUGACCCUUGAUAAAAGAGUUUUUUUUUGCAACUGGAGUGUUUCAGAAAACAAAUAAAGAAGAACUCACCAAAAGGGUAAUUCUACUCGAGACUCUCGAAAUUUACCAACUUUUGGCCAAAACUGAUAUCUCAGUUGAAAUUCAUUUAAUCUCUCUUCCAGAAACUUUUGCUCAAAAUCGUUUUCCUGAGCGUGAUGCAAGAAAAUCAAGUUUCAUAGUUUCUUAUCAUAAAAAAAUAGAAUUUUAGGCUGCUUGAGGGCGCAUUUUUUCAUUGGUCAAUGAUUUGGUUUGGCCGAAUUUUAGAACAUCAAGUUUAAAUGUUAAUGAUCUGUUAGCUCAACCAUUAACCGGCAACAUUCCAGUACAACGUCGUUAUGCGCAUCGAAUCUUGCCACUGGGAAGCCAAGGAUCUUCUUCUAUCGCUUUUCUUCAUGACGGAAAGUCAACGCAAAGCUUCGCUGAAAGUAGCUCUGCCUAAUCUGCCCGCCGGCUAUUACUUCGAUGAGGUGCACUUUUUGCUAUCUUACGGUAACGUUCACGUCACCGAAAAAAAAAAAAUCAGAAAGCCCCACAUAUAUACCGAGAAAGACGCAAAAACACACGAUUUAUAAUUUGAAUGGAAAUUCUGAAGAAUUCGUGAUAGAUUAAACUGAGGCCGUAUGCAAUAAAACUUCCAAAAAAUGCAUUUACCGUGGGAGAAGUUUUUUAUUUCACCGCAAGGUAGAAAAUAAAAGUCCAGUUUUUUUUUGGAAAUUUUGCAAUCUGCGGUCAGAGCUUUCCAAACUACAAAGUUGUGAUAAAGACGUAGCGCUUCGAAACUACCAAAAACCUAAAUUUUUAUUCAUUGUCUCACUAGUAAACAAACUUGAUGGCUAACACUAAGAAUAACUGCCGAGAUAAACGCGAGACACUGGCGGUACAUUGACGAACUCGCAAACAUCUCGCUUUUUUUCUCGCGCCGGUCUCGCAUUUUUCUGGGCGCGAGCUCGCAUUUCUCUCGCAAUUUUAAAAUUUCCGAAAUGCGAGAUAAAUGCGAGAUGGCGCCAAGAAAAAUGCGAGGUCGCGCCGAGAGAAAUGCGAGAGCGCGCCUAGAGAAAAACGAGAUGUUUGCGAGUUCGUCAAUGUACCGCCACCGACCUCGCGUUUAUCUCGUCAGUUAUUCUUAGUGUAAUGAACUCCUCAGAUAGAAAAAAAUGUGUUCUGAAAUCAGAAGGGCUCAAUUUCAUCCGACCAACAGAAAAUAAUAAAUCUUUCAAGACCCUAAGACCGGUAUAAAAACGAUUUCAGAUUGAACCAGCUGACGAGGCCGAGUUGGUGAACAGCACUUGGAAACAUGCAGGCCCGGGCGAUCUUGAACAAACAUUGUUAGUUCCUCCUUUGUCAAAACUGCACUCCAAGAAGCAAGAUCUUUGAUUUUACAGGGCGAAGCUUUCGCGAUUACCUUCCUCGUGCGUCAGAUACCGCGGCACUCCUGUUGCUUUCGAAAUGAUGGAUCCAUCUGGAUUCUUCAAUAAUCAGUACGUCUUCGAGGAUCAUCGUCGCAAAGGACUUGGGAACGCAGUGGAGAUCGACUUGAUCCAGAAGUCCAUUAAGUUGGUUUUUUUUUCCACAAACUCAAAAGCUGAAGACUGCUAUACUCACUAAAAACCCUGAACGCCUUCUCUCGGUGCUUAAAAACGAUCGCUUUGAAAUUUGAGCCGCUGGCGCAGACUCAUAGAAAGCGAACUUUCGAGAUCUCACUUUGAAAAUAAUCCUAGAUACUUUCCGUGCUCUAAUUGAGCGGAUUUUAGAGCCGUUUUUGUGCUAGAUUUAUCAUAUAAUUAUCAAGGAAUCCAAUAAGAGAAAAUCGACAUUCUUGUAAAGUUUUCAGAGCUUUUCGGAAUUUCUCAGCCGAUCCAAAAGGAAAACCUGAAAGCUUUGAUAGCGUUCAAUUUUUUGGAACUAUGUUUCCAGACCAUUUUGCCUGUUUUGCAGAUGCGGAAUGAACCCGUUCAAAACAGUCUCAAGAGACAAUAAAAUAGUUCUGGACGCUUCUGUGGCAAGUCCUCUUUGGACUCAAUGGAAGUGCGAAGAAGGCAAGCCGGUCACCAUUAAUUUCCAAGAAUGGAGCUACAAAUACUGA